AUGGGGCCGUGUCAACCAUUUGAUUUCAAAAGCGCGCGAAACGAGCGCGUCGCUCGCCGCCGCCGGCGCCAUUUUGAUUUUAUAUUGUCGUGUGUUUGCCCCCCGCGCGUCAUUCGUCGCUGUGCAUCGAAGGAGACUGCAGUAAAUAGUUGUUCAGUGAGUGAUUUAGCAAGUUAUACGUUACUGAUUUGUGAUUUUCAACAAAAAAUGGAAGAUUUUGAUGAUGAUUUGGACUAUGAACUAUCGCAAUUAGAUUUAUCAGAGUAUAAUCAAGAAUUAAACAUAUCGAAUAGUGAUACCCUACAAGUAUUUGACGUUGAUCUCAUAUAA